GGCACGCGUUCCCGCCAAAAUAAGCGGGACCUUCGCGUCGAGCCAUUAUUAUAGCCCGUUCCGGCGCAUUCUUACAUAUCAUCGUGUUUGUGAUGCAAGAACCUAAGCUGCAAGCGAAGCAGCUCUCUGGCUGGACCGCCGGCAGCGAGCCCCCCCUGCCUCCCUGCCUGGUUCAGGCCGGAGCGGCAGUGCUGGACACGGGGGCUUCGUCGCCAGCGGCGACAGCAGCCAGGACCACGCUAUGGGACGUACUCGCCGCCUGCCCGCACUUCCGUGAUCUCGCGGAACAGGAGCUCAAGCCAACCUCACCCGCGCGCAGGGCGCUGCGGGCAACCUGCAGGACGGGCCGCGCGCUGUAUGAUGCGGCGAUUCGCGUUCUUAGGUUGGGCCCAGACGGAGAGCUACCGCUGACAGCGGAGGGCUUGCAGUGCCUGCGCGGAAUGGUCAGCCGCGGCAUGCGGCUGCGGGCGGUGAAGCUAUGCUUUAAUGGGCAUCACAGCCCCAAGCGCACGCAGUCCUUGGACCCAUCGACUGCCGUGGAAACCCUUGCGUCCGCCGCGCUGCACUGCUGCGGCGCACAGGUGCAGGCGCUCUGCAUUGGCGGCUGUCUGCCGCUGCAUGCAGCAGCGCCAGCGGCACCGGUGUCGCAAGUGGCAGUGACGGGGUCCAUGGCCCCGCCGCAGAGGGCGACACCGCAUCAGGUGCGGCGGCGGCAACUUUAUUUGCUCACACCUGGUGGCCUGGCAAGCGGGCUGGCGGCGUGCGGCGGCCGGCUGCAGCAGCUCAUUCUGGCUUCCGACAGCAACGACGCCCCGAUAGUAUCGCCAGGCUUGCGUACCUUCUAUAUCCCGAAGGAAAUGUCGCCAGACCAGUCGGCAGGCAUCCUGACGUCGGACACGCUGUCGCGCUGCCUGCCGCGCCUCACGGGCCUCACGCAGCUAGACAUCACCGGCAAAUUCAUCAUGCCGCUGGACGUGUCCGCCCUGCACCCGCUCAGCCACCUGACCCAGUUGCGGUCGCUGGUGCUGGGCCUGCCGUACUUUCACCGGUACCACAAAAACGGUUACCCAUACAGCUCUUACGACGCAGUCCUGCCCUACACUUACACCAUGCAGCGCCUGGAGGGCCUCGAUCUGGGUCACGCGCAGCUCAGCCGCGGCGCGCUGGCGGCCCUGGCGGCUCGGCUUCCGCAGCUGUGUGGCCUGUCCUUUGCAUGAUGGGUCCUUGGUGACAACGGUUGCCCCUGGCACGAACUCAAUUGCUCCACAGCCGCGCCGACGCCGCCGCUGCAGCUGCCGCCAGCUCUACGGCUUCUGCGACUGACGGACGACUACACCACAAGCUCUGCCGCCCUUGUCGCAGAGCUGUUACUGGGUGCGGCGGCGGACGGUCCGGGCCGCCGCCGACGGCUGCUGAACCAGAAGCCGUACUUCCGGCUCGACAUGCCAAAUGCGGGAACGGGCGACGCUGAGGGUGACUGCUCCGUGUGGUCCUUUACCCUGCUGCCAACUGAGUCCAACGAAGCACCCUGGGUUA